AUGGGGUUCAAGACAGCCUUUGGCCUGAGUGGCGAAGCCCUUGCCAAGCUCCAGAUCGCUUUGAUUGUAGCCCCGUCCUUUAUUCUCUUUGGGUACAACCAGGCUGGCAUCGGCGGUCUGUUGUCCGAGCAGGACUGGGUCAAGACGUUUCCAGAGAUCGACACCAUUCACUCGACCGGCUCGGAAAAGAGCCGCAAGUCUACGCUCCAGGGAUUCGUCGUUGCCACGUUUGUCAUCGGAGCCCUCAUCGGCUCUCUGUCCUGCUCUUACACCGGAGACAUGUUUGGCCGCCGAAACGUCAUCUUUGCCGCCGCCAUCUUCACCCUGAUCGGCGAGGUCCUCGAGGCUUCCUCGUUCAGCCUGGCUCAGUUUAUCGUCGGGAGAGUUCUGAUCGGUGCCGGUGUUGGACAGCUGAGCUCCAUCGUCCCAGUAUGGCAGAGUGAGACCUCGGGAGCAAAGAACCGAGGGCAACAUGUCGUUGUGACCGGCCUGUUCAUCUGCUUGGGAUACACCCUCGAGUCCUGGAUCAACCUGGGCUUCUUCGAGUUCAAGAGCGGUCCUGUCACAUGGCGCCCGCCAAUUGCCAUUGCCAUCGCUUUCUCGUUGGUUCUGAUGGCCUCCGUGUACAUCUUCCCCGAGUCUCCUCGAUGGCUGGUCAUGAAGAACCGCAUGGAGGAGGGCCGUGCUUCUCUGGCCGUGCUCAGGGGCCAUUCCGAGGACAGCCUGGAGGUACAGGCCGAGCUCAGUGGUAUUGAGCUUUCUCUGGAGGAGACCUCGGGCCACGCAGCCAAGCUCGGCGACAUGCUCAAGAUGGGCGAGGACAAGCUCCUCUACCGCUUCUUGCUGUGCAUCCUGCUGCAGUUCUACCAACAGAUGUCGGGGAGCAACCUGGUCAGCGUGUACGCCACCACCCUUUUCCAGACCAACCUGGGCCUCAGCAGCGAGCUAUCCCGGAUCCUUACCGGCGGGGCCCUGACGUGGAAGUUCCUGUCGUCCUUUAUCGCCUUCGUCACCAUCGAUCGGUUCGGUCGGCGUGCGGUCUUUAUCCUCUCCGGCACCGGCAUGUCCUGCUGCAUGAUUGCCCUGGCCAUCACCACCUCCUUCGACAAGGAGAACCGCGCGGCGCAGAUCGCGGCCGGCUGCUUCAUCUACCUCUACAACACCUUUGUCCCGAUCGGCUUCCUCGGCGCCAACUUCCUGUACUGCACAGAGGUCGCUCCCAUCCGCCUCCGCAUGGCCAUGUCGUCCAUCUCGACCGCGAACCACUGGCUAUGGAACUUUGUGGUCGUCAUGGUCACCCCGGUCGCCAUCAACACCAUCGGCUGGCAGUUCUACAUCGUCUUCGCCGCCAUCGGCGCCUGCAUCCCCCUGUCCGUCUACUUCUUCUUCCCCGAGACCAUGGGCCGCAACCUCGAGGAGAUCGACCUCGUCUUCCGGGAGUCGCCGUCCAUCUGGGCGACGGUGCGGUUCGCCAAGACGCGGCCCGCCCUCACGGCCGAGGAGUACACCGAGAAGCACGCCAAGAACGCGGACGUCGACCACACCGAGUGA